ACAUGCAUGUAGUGUGGGGUAGAUGUUUCUGGAGGACUUUCUAAGUGCCAGUGUGUCUUUUAAUUAAUAUUUUAACGAUUAACAAUUUCUUUUUAACUUCCUUACUUCUAGAUCUACUUACUUUUACACCAUGAGUUUGAACAAGGAAACAACAGUAGACAUGGAUGUGUUGAAGGCGCUGGUAGAUGACUCGCCUAACUUGGCUACAGCUGUUGGGGCGACGGUGGAGGAGAGAGUGGGUGGUGAGGCGUGGUAUGGCUCCAUGGCUGUCAUGGCAUCGCCAACCACCAAGAAGCGGCGAGGCAGCUCAUUGAAACAGGUAUUGGCGGCCCUAUCUGGAAAUCUUGGGACCAUUAACACAGGAAUGAUGUUUGGCUUCUCAGCUGUUACGAUUCCUCAGUUGCGUUUACCUGAGAGUUUCAUUCAAAUCACACAGGAGGAAGCAUCUUGGAUCGCUAGUUUAUCAUCAGUAUCUACACCUUUUGGCUGCAUCUUGAGUGGCUACUUGUUGGAUGCUAUUGGUCGCAAGCGAACUAUCAUCCUGACAUUGAUGCCCAUGAUAAUCGGGUGGUUCCUCAUCUACGCAGCUUCUAGUAUCUACAUGAUCUAUGUCGGCAGGCUGCUGGUUGGUCUGGGGGCUGGCAUGAUGGGGUCUCCAGCCAGGGUCUACACGGGGGAGGUCACUCAGCCCCACCUCAGAGGCAUGUUGGCUGCAGUUGCAUCUGUCGGAGUAUCUUUAGGAGUCACAAUUCAGUACAUUGUGGGUGCCUUUGUGUCAUGGAACAGCCUCGCUCUCUUCAACGGAAUCGUUCCUUCGAUCGGUCUUAUGACGGCGUUCUUUUUGCCAGAGUCACCAUCAUGGCUCCUCAACCAAGGCAAGACAGAAGCUGCUCGGAAUGCCCUUACCAGGCUUAGAGGCGACACCUGUGACAUUGAAGGGGAACUUCAGGACCUGAUUAACUUUGCUAACAAGACCAACUCCAACAAGAAGAGUUCAAUGAAAGACACCCUUAGAGCCAUUCUUCACCCCUCGGCACUCAAGCCUUUCCUCAUCCUCGCCUCGUACUUCCUCAUCUACCAGUUCUCCGGAGUGAAUCCUGUCACGUUCUAUGCCGUUGAAAUCAUCCAGGACUCUGGAGCAGAUAUGAACAAAUACAUGGCCACCAUAGUGUUAGGUCUGGUCAGAUUGGGUUUCACUGUCGUCUCUUGCAUCAUGAUGCGACGAUGUGGUCGACGGCCGCUCACAUUCAUCUCUAGUGUGUUCUGUGGCUUGUCAAUGUUUGGCCUGGGCUACUACAUGUUCCUUGCAGAAGGCUGGAAGGAAGAAGGCGCCACAGCCAUCGCCGCAUGGUUCCCACUUCUCAACCUGUUCAUCUUCAUGGCAGCAUCAACCAUUGGCUACCUGGUAGUUCCGUGGGUUAUGAUUGGAGAACUCUACCCUUCUAAGGUACGUGGUAUUAUGGGAGGCAUGACUACAUUCGUGGGCCACUUCUGCGUGUUUGUGGUGGUCAAAACUUUCCCGUUCUUCCAGUCGCUGAGCAAGUACGGGACUUUCAUGAUGUACGGCACAGUUUCUCUCCUCGGCACAAUCUACUUCUACCUCUACCUACCAGAAACCAAGGGACGUACGCUGCAAGAGAUUGAGGAAUACUUCUGUAGCAAGGACAAAGGAAUGACUACCAAUCCAACUAAUAACAACAACAAACCUACGAUUGUCAAACCAAAAAAAGACGGAUCAUUGCCUUAAGUGCAACACAUUGUGAUAUUUUGUAUAGUUCUCUGCUUUGCGUCACAUUUAUGUGAAUGGUUUUUAGAGGUUAUAUCUACCUUAAUUGUGAAACAUUGUUAUCGAUGACAGUAUCGUAGACUGAUGUUUGUUGUUGAGUUUUUACUGGUACGUAAAAUAUUGUGGCUCGUGGAUUCUACUACAAUGUAAUAAACUGAAUGAAAUGUAAACAUUUUUGUAAUAUAACUGAAUAUAAGUUUUUACACAAAAACUAAUGUUUUGACAAGAUUCAAGUUUUUAAGGUCAAAGUUAAGUGUGGAUAUUGUUAUAGAGAUAUGCAGUUAAAUUGAAAACACUUUGUGAACAAUGAACCUCCUCAUCUGGUGGCCUCUUCAUAUAAAAUGCUUAUUGCCUGUGACAUUAAUUUUCCAAGUUUUUAACUUUCCAAUUUUUUGUCUUAUUUUUCAUCAUCUAAGUACUAACUUAAUACACAUUUUAACAAAUAAUAAUAAAAAAGAGGUUGUGAUUUUAAAAUGAAAGCAAUAUGAAAAUGGCAUGGAUAAUAAAUUCAAAUCACAAAUCACCAUGUUAAAGUAUACAUACAUACCGAUUUUGAUUUAAAAAAGCCAUUUUAUGUUUUGCCUAAGUUAACUACCAUGUCAAAGUUAAAUUUGGCUAAACAGUAUUAUGAGUCAAUAAGUUAGUUUCAUAUCUGUAAAUAUUCUGCUUAUAUAGUAUUAACAAGACUGAUGACAUAUUACGUAGGAUAAUGAAUUGUAAAUAUAUUUAUGUGUGAUAAUAGAUAAUGUUAGAACAUAUAAUAUUUUGUCUUGUAAGCUAUUUUUAUACUCAUUAAUGCAUGUUUACCAACUUCUUGGAUGUUAAAUCUAUUCGGGCUUUAAUAUUGUUUUGUAAUAUCUCGAGAAACAUGAUGCAUACAAAUGAAGAUUAAAAAAAUAACCAAAGCAAGUGACAACCUACUUAUACUAUCAGUAGGCUUGAGAUAGGAUGAUUAUCAAUCAAAUAAAUAAGUUUACACAAGGCAACAA